GCGAGAGAGGAGGGGAGGACGGGGGCGGCGUCGGACUGGAGCCGAUCGGCGGAGCGAGCUGCCCGGGGCGCAGUCGUGAGCUCGCCCGCCGGGCCCCCACCCCCUAGUUACACCCUGCCGUGCCCAGCUCUGCCCGCGUCCGUGCCCCCGCGGGGAGCGCGCCGGGGCUGCCCCCCGAAUGACGGGCGGAAGGUUCGACUUCGACGAUGGCGGGACCUACUGCGGCGGCUGGGAGGAGGGCAAGGCGCACGGGCAUGGCAUCUGCACGGGGCCCAAGGGCCAGGGAGAGUACUCCGGUUCCUGGUCGCACGGCUUCGAGGUGGUCGGAGGCUACACCUGGCCCAGCGGCAACACCUACCAGGGCUACUGGGCGCAGGGCAAGCGGCACGGGCUGGGGGUGGAGACGAAGGGCAAGUGGAUGUACCGGGGGGAGUGGUCACAUGGUUUCAAGGGGCGCUACGGGGUCCGGCAGAGCCUGUGCACCCCCGCCCGCUACGAGGGUACCUGGAGUAACGGGCUGCAGGACGGCUACGGCGUGGAGACCUACGGGGACGGAGGUACCUACCAGGGCCAGUGGGCCGGAGGCAUGCGGCAUGGCUACGGCGUGCGCCAGAGCGUGCCCUACGGCAUGGCCACGGUGAUCCGCUCCCCGCUGCGCACCUCCCUGGCCUCGCUGCGCAGCGAGCAGAGCAAUGGCAGCGUGCUGCACGACGCUGCCGCCGCGGCUGCAGAAAACCCAGCCGGCACCAGAGGCGGCUUCGUGCUCAACUUCCACGCGGACACGGAGCUGGGCAAGAAGAAGGGGGGCCUCUUCCGGAGGGGCUCGCUGCUCGGCAGCAUGAAACUCCGCAAGUCCGAAUCCAAGUCUUCCAUCUCGAGCAAGCGCAGCUCCGUCCGCAGCGACGCGGCCAUGAGCAGAAUCAGUUCCAGUGACGCCAACUCCACCAUCAGCUUCGGGGACGUCGACUGUGAUUUCUGCCCCGUGGAAGAUCACGUGGACGCCACCACCACAGAAACCUACAUGGGUGAAUGGAAGAACGACAAGCGCAACGGCUUCGGCAUCAGCGAGCGCUCCAACGGCAUGAAGUACGAGGGCGAGUGGGCCAACAACAAGAGGCACGGCUACGGCUGCACCGUGUUUCCUGAUGGCUCCAAGGAAGAGGGGAAAUACAAAAAUAACAUCCUGGUCCGAGGAAUAAGGAAGCAGCUUAUACCAAUAAGAAAUACAAAAACUAGGGAGAAGGUGGAUAGAGCCAUUGAAGGCGCGCAGCGGGCGGCCGCCAUGGCCAGAACCAAAGUGGAAAUAGCCAACUCAAGGACUGCACAUGCCAGAGCGAAAGCUGAUGCUGCUGACCAGGCUGCACUGGCUGCCCGCCAGGAGUGCGACAUAGCGAGAGCCGUGGCCAGAGAGCUGUCGCCGGAUUUCUACCAGCCAGGUCCUGAUUAUAUCAAACAAAGAUUUCAGGAGGGGGCAGACGUUAAAGAAAACCCAGAAGAAAAGGUACCAGAAAAACCUCCAUCACCAAAGGAGUCUCCUCAUUUUUAUCGAAAAGGCACGACGCCCCCCAGAUCUCCUGAGGCAAGUCCCAAACAGAGCCACUCUCCCCAACCUUCCUCCCCAAAGCCCAUGAAGAAACAAAACCCCGGCUCAGGGGUAAGACUCAGUCAGGAUAGAAGGAGCAUGGCUGAGGAGCAGGUGACAGCCAUUGUCAGUAAGCCCUUGAUGUCAAAGGCUCCUUCAAAGGAACUCGGAGCAACCAUGUCCAAGUACUCUGGUCGCCACCACGUCCCCAACCCGAGCAACGGGGAGCUGCACUCUCAGUACCACGGCUACUAUGUGAAACUGAACACACCUCAGCAUCCUCCAGAAGAUGGGGAGGAUGACAGUGGAGCCAGCCAGUCUUCCUCAGCAUUGGUAAACAGGCCAUCACCUAACAAGUGGAGUCCCCCGAAAUCUGUGACAAAACCAGCUGCCAAAGAAAGCAAAACUGAGCCAAAAGCAAAGAAGUCCGAACUUGCUAUACCAAAGAACCCAGCAAGCAAUGAUUCCUGCCCUUCUUUGGAAAAAGAAGCCAAUUCAGGCCCUAAUUCCGUCAUGAUUGUCCUGGUCAUGCUGUUGAACAUUGGGUUGGCCAUUCUUUUUGUUCACUUUCUGACUUGAUUGGAAUUAGGAAAGCCCCAUCCGGCGAAGCUCUUGGCCUUGGCUACUCCAUCUGUCCUAGCAGAGUGUGACUAAACUGGAAAUGUAUGGACCUGCAAUUUUUUUUUUUUUUUUGAUGGAAGUCAACAGCUGCCUUACUAUUUUACCAUCUGACGUUUUUAGUAGGGAGCUGGGGAGAGCAGACUGCCAGAGGAAUGCAGUCUGAGGGUUGCGUUGCAGUGGUUCCAACAUUCGCU